UUUAUUUUAGUACCCAGUUGAUUUGUGAAAAAUAUUUCAGAAAUUAAUUCAACUUAGCUCCACUAGUCGCCGAGUGGCGCGCGGUUGUACUAACGUGAAAACAACAGACCGCUCGUAUUUAGCUUCUCCGCAGACGGCUUAGCCUUGACAUCACUAUCAUAAGUUUACGAAUGAUAAAGCUUUGUUGAGUGAAUUAACUCUAUUCAUUUCCAAAAGAAAGAGGUGUGUUGGACACUGAUUAAGACGAAUUUCCGACGUUUUUGCCGCCAAAACAAACAUUUUUGAAGUUUUUUUGUUGUGACAAUCAUCUGACAUUGACAUUUAUUAGGUUUCAGUGGUUUUUUUUUAAUUUUCAUUAGCAGCUUUUUGAAAGUUAGAAUGUUAUGAAAAAUAAUUAUUAUUGUCUAGAUAACUAUAUGAUUUUGAGAUCAUAUCCAAAAAAAUACGGACUUAAAACGGCGAAAGUGCUGGGCAGAGUGCAGUGAAACAAAAACGUAUAUAAUUUUAUAUUUUGUGGAAAAGCAAUCCAGAAACUAAUUUUCUUGUUGGAAGUAUUUUUCGUACACAAUGGCAGAGCGUCAAAUGUCAGAUCGUCUGGAGUAUUUGAUGGAAGACCCUCCUCUGACGAGGUCCCUGGGGUUCGCGAUACGGAAGAGGUUUGACAAGACCUUGGAAGAUGCUCGUCUCAACCAGGAGUACAUGUAUCGAUACCAGGAGAUGCUGAAGGCUAGCCAGGAGUCUUUCGAAAACUUUGAAAGCAGAGAUGAACGUCGACUAAGAAGAGUGGUAGGAGAUCACAAUUAUCAAGUCAUGAGAGAAGCAGGAGUACUGGAUCGUCGCCGCAACGCUCCUCGUUUCCAGUCCGCUAUAGGCAGGCGACGGGCGCGCACACAAGCUCUGAGGCGACAGAAAUUGAACAGCCAAAGUUUGAGGAGCCAUCUCCAACACUCACGACAAACUACCUCCGACUAUGCCGAAUAAUUCAUUGCCAUCCUAGUCAAUUUCAUAAGACUUGUAUAUCAUAUAGACUCUGAAACUUUGUAAUAUAUUUUGUCCGCACACUUUCAAUUCGGAAUACGAAUUGAAACUUUCAAUUCGAAUAUUGGCCUACAAAUAUAAAAAUUCGAAUAAUUUCAGUUUGUUUGUUACUUCUUCACGUCAAAACGGGUGAAGGCAUCGAGAUGAGGAACAGGGGCAGAUUAGUACAUGGGGAACGCGGGCGAAACCGCUGGCUGUAGCUAGUACCUACAUAUUUAAAUGUAAACCUUCAUCUUGAAUCACUAUUAAAUAAACCGCAUCAAAUACGGUAAUGUAAACGUAACACUAUUUUACAUAGGUAAUUAAAUUGUUU